GAUAAACCCAAUUCAACCCAAUUCAACCCAAUUCUAUCUUUCAGUAACUCACAAUUCCUUUCACGAUGGACAUGUCCCCAGCUGAACGGCAGAAAUAUGCCGAGAUAUUUACUAGUCUAAACCCCAUCAACGGCUACAUCACCGGUCUGCAGGCACGACAAAUGUUCAUGAACUCUGGAUUGCACGUCAUCAAGCUAGGCCAAAUUUGGGAUAUCUGCGACAUUGACAAAGAUGGAAAUAUGGACUUUGACGAAUUCUGCUUGGCUCUACGUUUUGUCUAUGCGUCCAUUAACAAUGAGAUAUCAGAAAUCCCUUCAUCACUUCCACAACAUAUGAUUCCACCCUCAAAGGCUCAUUUUUUUGUUGGAAAUCAAGCAUACAACCAAGCAUAUUUACAGCAGCCGUCUCAAUCGUUUAAUCAACGCAGCCAGAGCCCUAAUUACUUGGCUAUUUCAGAACUUGAUACUGCAGCUACUGUGAACAAAAAUUUAUCAGAUGAUUUUGACUGGUAUAUUGCCCCAUCUGAUCGUUCCAAUUAUGAGGCUAUUUACAGGAACAAUGUCCAAAUGUCGUCGGGUGAAGUACAAAUGGGCCAAUUUGAAGAAUUAUACCAGGCUCUGCAAAUUCCAAGAGAAGACAUUAAUGCUGCAUGGUCACUGGUGAAUGUUCACUCUGCUCCUCAAAUUGGCAAGGAACAAUGUAUUGUAUUUUUCCAUAUCCUCAACAGUCGUCGCCUUGGCAAACGAGUCCCAGCAACGCUUCCUGGAGCCCUUCGAACCUCCUUCUUGGGCAGUUCCAACUAUGCACUUUCUGAAAAUUAUUCCAUUAAUGAAAUGCAGGCAGGACGGCCAUCUGUACCAAUGUCUUUUGCCACGAACUCGGCAUUUUCUAGCCAUAAGGGGCAUGCUAUGGCGGAUGAUUAUCUUAGCCGAUUGAACCAGAAAGAUCAUGUAGUUAACGAAUCAAUGGCGCAUGAAGAGCGGUUAAAACAGGAACUGGAGAGUAUUAAGCGACAGGUUGAGGAUGCGGAGCGGAAACUGCGGCUGAAGCGAGGGGGAACAGACGAACAUGAGGUAACAAAGGAAGAACUGCAGGAGCUGCUUGCCUACAAGCAGCAACAGGUCUUGAAUGAUGAAGCGUCAACUCUUGACCGAAAGCUUCUGGAGCAGGAUCGAGAGAUCCAACGUCAGCGUGAUGCCCUAAAACAGUUGGAUAAGAUCAUGCAGAGCCUUCGUGAGCAAAAGGGCUUACUGGAGACACAUCUUGCAGAUUCUGAGAGUGAGCUUCGUGAUAGUCAACGUGAGGCUGAAACUCUUCGUGUUGGUCGAUAAUCUUUAUCUGAUUGAAUUGAUAGAGU